CACCACCACAUUCCCACAAUCCACUGCGUACCCUACACUUCCGGCUCUCGUACUCUUGCGUGUCAACCCCAAGAUGGCACUUCACCGGUUGUUCCAGCUGUCCUCCCUGCUGCGCUCCGCCGUGAGCCUGACCCUGCGCAGGAACCUCGGCCUCUCCGCUGUCCUCUUCAACCGAGCCAAGGAGCUCGACCCAAUCCAGAAGCUGUUCCUGGACAAGAUCCGCGACUACAACACCAAGAGCAAGAGCUCCGGAGGCAUUGUGGAGGCUGGGCCCGCUUAUCAGAAGAAUCUGUCUGAUGAGGUCGUCAAACUGCAGAGACUAUACGGCGGCGGAGACCUAAUGAAGUUCCCAGAGGUCAAAUUCACAGAGCCCAAGCUUGAAGAAGUGGCCAAGUAAAUGCUGUCAAAGUUGUAAAUCACCUACUCGUCACCAAUAUGUUGUAUUUAAUAAAAAGGUAAUGGAAUGAA